AUAACCUCUAAACAAAUUUAACCUUUGUUGGAGAAUCUGAGAGCGUUAGCAUUAGUCUCCUUCCUUCAAAGCGUUGAACGUUGCUAGGAUUUGACGUUGACGGUGCACUUCUCAACCUCUUAUUCUCAGUGUGUAAAGGUACCGGUUUUAUUUCUGAUUCUAUGUUAGGAUCUCAAUUUAUCAUUCUUUUUUGGAGUUAGUGUGGGUUGCAACAUGAAAUGAGAAUAAGGUUUGCUCUCAUCUUCGCAUUUCAAAAUAAUAAUAAUUGUAGUAGGGUUGUAGAAAGUAACCUCUUCUAUGAAACGUUUUCAGCUCAAAGUGGCUAUUUAUUCCUUUAUUUUGUUUUAAUAUUCUUUACAGAAAAAAAAACCCUAAAUUGUUGAUCUAAAAGAUAAACCAAAAGAAUUGUAGUUUGUAUGUGAUGAUAAUCUUGGUUACUUGAUUGUGUUUUGAACGUGUGAACGUGGCAGGUAUAUUAUUAAUGCCCGUAGUUAGUAAUUGGGUAUUAUUAUUUCUUGUUAAUUGAUAAAAAAACUCCACUGCCAGUAGUUGUCUUGAGAUUUAUGUGGAUUGAUAGGAGUGGUAUUGUGGGUAUGCAUAACUUAGAUCUGUUUGAAUUAGCUUGCGCCCGUCUGGAUAGGAGUCGCUGUGUAUUGACCUGUUUGAAUGAACUUCUCUAUAAGCUCUUCUACCAGAGAAAACAAGAAGAGAAAAAUGAACUUGACUUCUCCGUAAGUGAAAAUUAGCUUAUACGCAAGUAAAAUUAGAAAAAUUGGAAAAGCUUUAUAAGGAGAGUUUCUUCAAAUUAGCUCUUGCGUAAGCUAAUUUAAACUUUUCUUAUUUUUCUCUUGUAGAAAGGACUUACGGAGAAACUCGUUUUGAUAACUUCUCUAAAAGCUUAUUUUAACUUUGGUACAAGUUAUCGUAAAAAGAAGUUUCUUUCAUUUCUUUAUAUUUUCUUAUUCUGUUAGUACUUAUUGUAAAGUUCAUGUAAACAAGACCAUAUUGUUGUGUCACUUUUUACACGUUUUUAUUGUCAUAGUAUUUUUUUUCUUGGUAGUGGUUUUCAGCUUGAACCUAUACAUACCUAUAAUAUGCUACUACAGAUUGAAACUUUUAAAUAUUUCUAGAGGGUUUAAUUGAUCCCUCUUACUUUCAUAUGUUUAUAAUAAAGUUCUGAUACAAAUGUACAUGGAAGAUUAAGAGUAUGCCUUAGACACCUAGGUGCAGACCUAGGUACUACCCUAGAUACUAGACUAGCACACUACCCUUAAGUAGGCUUAAUGAUGAUACAUAGGGCAAUUAUUCUAACACUCCCCCUCAAGCUGGAGUAUACAGAUUGUAUAUACCAAGCUUGAAACAAAUAAACUCAUUUGACCCAACAUACUCAGUACAUAUUUCUUUAGUUAACAACUUUUCACUAAUAAAAUGACAAUCAAUUUCUAUAUGUUUAGUCCUUUUUGGAUUUGAUGCAAUGUGGAGAGCAUCUUGAUUAUCGCAAUACAUCUUCAUAGUAUGGAUGUCACAUAAGUUAAGCUCUUGAAGGAAUUGUUUCACCCAUAUAAAUUCACAUGUCAGUGACGCCAUUAUCCUAUACUCGGCUUCAGCUGUUGAUCGAGCAACUACAUUCUGUUUCUUGCUUUUCCAUGAAAUAAUGUUUCCUCCAAGGAAAACACAAUAUCCGGUAGUAGAUCGUCUAUCAAUAGGCAAACCUGCCCAAUCUGCAUCGCAGUAUUCAGAGACUUGAAUGUUGUUGAAAUGUAAUAUGUUUUAGAUAUAGACUCUUUAGGAGUCUUCUAUGUUUUUCCUUUGUUUUCACUGUUCCUACUUUCACUGUUGGUUAUGUUUGUAUAAGUAUGAUUAGUGAUGUAUUAGGAAAUAAGAAGAAAUAAUAGAGGUUUUGUUUUAAUCUCUUUCUCUCUAAAUAUUCAAGUUGGUAUCAGAGCCAACCACCGGGGCUCUCUGUCUGACUACCGAUAUCCGCCGCCGCCCCGCCGCCGCCGCCGCCGCCGGUGACUCAUUUUCUCAGGCGAAGUUAGGGGUUUUGUGCGCCUGCUCGAGCGCGACCCAUCCCUGGUGGUCGCUUUCCCUGUUUCCGCUGCACGCGCCGCCACGCGCCUCCUUCCUCCGUCAGACGUCAAGCGCGUACUGUUCACGCGCCGCCUUAUCCUUGCCGGACGAUCAUCGGACCACUGUCGUCCUGUUCGUCUGACUUUCCAGAGCUUCUUUUGGCUCUUAUUUUACUGUUUCAGGGGCUGUAAUUGAUACCUAGGGUUUCCCCCUCAAGUUGGCUCUUAUCUUUUACUGUUUCCAGAUCUCAUUUCUGAUUCUGGACUCCAGAUUCUUCUUACAGAUCUGUCAUGGCAUCUUCUAUUGGAAUUAAUUCCUCUCUAUCUGCUACUCCGAUCAUCACUUCUGCAAAGCUCAAUUGGAGAAAUUAUUUAUCAUGGUCUUCUGCUGUGGAAUUGUGGUUUCUUGGUCAAGGACACCAUGAUCAUCUUGAACAAGACAUUUCUAUGAUUCAAGACGACGAAAAAUCCCAAUGGCAAAAAUUGGAUUUUCAGUUAUGUGCAAUUUUGUGGCAGUCAGUUGAGCAAGAAGUUCUAGAUAUAUUAAGACCCUAUAAGACUUGUUCAUCCUUUUGGAAAAGGGCACAAGACAUAUUUGCUAAUGAUGUACAACGUCUCUUUGAUGCAACUCAAAGAGCAGCAUCUCUAAAGCAAGUCAAUCAUGACAUGGUUUCUCAUAUAGCAAAGGCUAGGGCUGCUGUAGAAGAAUUAAAGAACUUCUUUAUAGCUGAUUCAUUAGAAGGGAUCAAUAAGAAGCUUGACAAGUUUUACAUGGUCCUAAUUCUGAGAAGUUUACACUCAGAUUAUGAUCAUGUACGUGAUCAGAUUUUAGCUGGUGAUCAAAUCCCAUCAAUGGAUGGCUUAGUUACUCGACUUCUUCGAGUACCUACAUCAGUAAAAAAUGAGAAUCCAAUUGAGGUUAUUGAAACAUCAGCCAUGACAAUACCCCAAGGAAGAGGAGUGCCACAAGGGAGAGGAGGAAGCAGAAGCAACCGAGGACGUGGUGGUCGUAGUAUACGUCCUCAAUGCACAUAUUGCAACAAAAUAGGUCAUACUCGGGACAAAUGUUAUAUUUUACAUGGAUAUCCAGACAAAGUUGCUCAUGUUUCUAAAGCUGGUGAUCUAGAAUCCAGAAUUUCAAAUGAAGAAUAUGAAGAAUUUCUCAGAUACAAGUCUGGAAAAUCAUUUAAUCCUGGUCAAUCUUCUGCCAUGACCAGUGUGCCUACAACCAAUCUAUCUAAAUCUGUGGAAGGUCAUAAUCCAUGGAUUCUUGACUCCGGUGCCUCUGACCAUAUCUCUGGUAACAUUUCUUCAUUUUCUUCUAUGUCUUCUCCAAAAAUUCCCCAUCUUAUUACUGUUGCCGAUGGAUCAAAAGUGACAUCUCAAGGAAUUGGCAAAGUUUCCUUAUCUCCUUCACUAAAUUUAAAUUCAGUUUUAUAUGUUCCCCAUUGUCCAUACAAUUUAAUCUCCUUGAGUCAGCUGACUCGUUCCUUAAAUUGUUCCAUAACCUUUACUGCUAAUUCCUUUGUUAUACAGGAACAUGGGACAGGUCGUCUGAUUGGAGAAGGACAUGAGUCUCAAGGACUUUAUUUCUUAAAAUCUUGUUCUUCAGUUUCCUGCUUUACUUCUUCAUCCCCAAAACUUUUGCAUGAUCGUUUAGGCCAUCCAAGUUUGCUCAAGUUGAAGAUGAUGGUUCCAAGUCUCAGAAAUAUUCAAGUCUUAGAUUGUGAGUCUUGUCAAUUAGGAAAACAUGUUAGAUCUUCCUAUCCUAAAAGAUCUGAGACACAUUGUAAUUCUCCUUUUUCAAUUAUUCACUCAGACAUUUGGGGACCUAGUCGUGUUACGUCAUUUGGUUUUAAUUAUUUUGUAACUUUUAUUGAUGAAUUCUCUCGGUGUACUUGGGUUUAUUUAAUGAAAGAGAGAUCUGAACUUUUGUCUAUUUUUAAGUCUUUUCUUAAUGAAAUUAAGAACCAAUUUGGGAAGACAAUUAAAAUUCUUCGAAGUGAUAAUGCUAAGGAAUAUUUCUCUGCAGCAUUUUCUUCUCUCUUAUCUUCCCAAGGAAUUUUACACCAGUCAACAUGUCCUCAUACUCCACAACAAAAUGGCAUUGCAGAGAGAAAGAAUAGACAUCUCAUUGAAACUGCACGUUCCUUGAUGUUGAAUACUAAUGUUCCUGUACAUCAUUGGGGCGAUGCAGUCCUUACUGCCUGUUUUCUUAUCAAUAGGAUGCCUUCUUCCUCUCUUAACAAUAAAAUUCCUCACUCUGUCAUUUUUCCCAAUGACACUUUGUAUCAUGUUUCCCCACGAGUAUUUGGGUGUACGUGUUUUGUUCAUAAUGUCUCUCCAGGUCUUGAUAAACUCUCAGCAAAAGCUAUCAAGUGUGUUUUCUUAGGAUACUCUCGUCUUCAGAAAGGGUAUAAAUGUUAUUCUCCCUCCACCGGGAGAUAUUAUAUGUCAGCAGAUGUCACAUUCUUUGAGGAUAAACCAUUUUUUUCUUCCUCCAUGGAGGAUCGUUCUUAUGUUCAACAAAUGUUUCCUUUGCCAACAUGUGAUCCUUUAGUUAUUCCUGAUUCUGUACCUCAAACUCAAAAUCCAAAUGACAUUGUUCCUCCACCUCUUAUCACAUAUCAGCGUCGGACACAAUCUUCAACUCCAAACACUGAAGAUCCUCGAGACUCAGUUCCUCCUCCAUCAGAUCACCAUACCAUGGAUCCUUCAUCCUCUUCACCUUCUACUGAUUCAGAUGAUAACUGGCCCAUUGCCCUUCGGAAAGGUAUUCGGUCUACUCGUAAUCCAUAUCCUAUUUAUAAUUUUGUGAGUUAUCAUCAAUUGUCUCCUUCAUAUUUCUCUUUUGUUUCCUCGUUAUCUUCCACUAAAGUUCCUAAUAAUAUUCAUGAGGCAUUUGGUCAUUCUGGUUGGCGACAAGCCAUGGUUGAUGAAAUGAUGGCUCUUGAACACAAUAGCACUUGGGAUCUUGUCCCUCUUCCUCCUGAUAAGAAGGCUGUUGGUUGUAGAUGGAUAUAUACUAUUAAAGUUGGUCCUACUGGUAAAAUUGAUCGUCUUAAAGCUCGGCUAGUAGCUAAGGGCUAUACUCAAGUUUAUGGCCUUGACUAUAGUGAUACUUUCUCUCCUGUGGCUAAAACCAGUACAGUUCGUAUUUUGCUUGCUAUGGCUGCUAUUCGUCAAUGGCCUCUUUAUCAGUUAGACAUUAAAAAUGCCUUUCUUCAUGGUGAUCUGGAAGAGGAAAUAUACAUGGAGCAACCUCCUGGAUUUAUUGCUCAGGGGGAGUCUGGCUUGGUUUGUAAGUUACGUCGUUCUCUCUAUGGCUUGAAGCAAUCACCUCGAGCUUGGUUUGGUAAAUUUAGUCAGGUAGUGCAAAGGUUUGGAUUGAAACGAUGUGAGGCAGAUCAUUCAGUGUUUUAUGGUCACUCUUCUCCUGACAAAUGUGUUUAUCUCAUGGUGUAUGUUGAUGAUAUUGUUAUUACAGGAAAUGACAUAUCCAGAAUUACUCAGUUAAAGAAUCAUCUGUUCAACCACUUUCAAACUAAAGAUCUGGGUCGUCUAAAAUAUUUUCUUGGUAUUGAAGUGGCACAGUCAAAAGAUGGUGUCAUCAUUUCACAAAGGAAAUAUGCUCUUGACAUUUUAGAAGAAACAGGUCUAACAAAUUGCAAGCCCAUUGAUAGUCCUAUGGAUCCAAAUCAAAAGUUAAUGAGAGAUCAGGGUGAACUCUUCUCAGACCCAGAGAGAUAUAGAAGGCUAGUUGGAAAACUCAUCUAUCUCACCAUAACAAGACCCGAUCUUUCUUAUUCAGUUGGAAUUGUGAGUCAAUUUAUGCAAAAUCCACAUGUUGAUCAUUGGAAUGCAGUGCUUCGCAUUCUCAGAUACAUAAAAGGAAGCCCAGGACAGGGACUAUUGUAUGAGAACAAGGGAAACACUCGAAUCGAAGGAUAUUGUGAUGCAGAUUGGGCUGGUAGUCCAAUUGAUCGAAGAUCGACUACAGGAUAUUGUGUUUUACUCGGUGGGAACCUUGUAUCUUGGAAAAGUAAGAAACAAAAUGUUGUUGCCCGAUCUAGUGCUGAAGCUGAAUACCGAUCUAUGGCUCUAACUACAUGCGAACUUGUGUGGAUUAGACAACUUCUUCAAGAAUUGAAAUUUUGUGAAAAUGAGCAAAUGAAACUGUACUGUGACAAUCAAGCAGCUCUUCACAUUUCUUCCAAUCCUGUGUUUCAUGAGAGAACGAAACACAUAGAAAUUGACUGUCAUUUUAUUAGGGAGAAGUUAUUAUCCAAGGAACUAGUUACUGAAUUUGUCAAUUCUAAUGAACAACUUGGAGACAUUCUGACCAAAUCUCUAAGGGGGCCUAGAAUUCAAUUCAUAUGUUCCAAGCUUGGUGCAUAUGAUUUAUAUGCUCCAGCUUGAGGGGGAGUGUUGAAAUGUAAUAUGUUUUAGAUAUAGACUCUUUAGGAGUCUUCUAUGUUUUUCCUUUGUUUUCACUGUUCCUACUUUCACUGUUGGUUAUGUUUGUAUAAGUAUGAUUAGUGAUGUAUUAGGAAAUAAGAAGAAAUAAUAGAGGUUUUGUUUUAAUCUCUUUCUCUCUAAAUAUUCAAGUAAUGUUUCCUUUA